CGCUUCUCCCAGACUUCGUAAAGGUUCUCUAGAUUCUAGAAGCAGCGUGGACCAGUUGCAGCGUAUUAGCGUAAACCUGACGUCGCCAUCGGGAAUCGUCGGAGAAGCUGCGAAAACAGUCCGGGUCCGAAGGGCGACGGAGCUUCAGCGAUCGGGAGCUCAUUCUCCGGUAGUUCUCGACUUCCACUACUCGGCUUCAGCUACGCGGAGACUUUCAAUGGCGGACGGCAGGCUGCGGUGCCAGCGAAUUGGCUGCGACGCCACCUUCACCGAAGAGGACAAUCCCGAAGGCUCGUGUCAGUAUCAUGACUCGGUGAGCCGCCCGUUUUUACUACUUCUUAGUUGAAUUGAUAACGCUCUUCGCAUUCCUGCAGAUACUGCUUUGAAUUUAGGAUUGUUUCUCAUUCCAAUUCCUCAUCUCUUUUGCUCGUUAGGUUAAUUAGGAAGCCUUGUAGCGAGACUUUGAUAUAGAUAAUUUUGUUCUAGAUGUUCAUUCAAUCGUAAUGCUACCGGGUGGAAUCUUCUGGUUGUGCCGAUUGGAGUUCGAUAUUGUUGAAGAACUAUUCUCAUCAUUGCCUAAUUUGAAUUGUCAAUUGUGGAAUCCGUCAAGUCGAUUUGUCAUUGUUGCUAUCUCUUGAAGUAGCUUUGUUGGAAUCUUGUGCAGCUUGUACAAGUUGUGGUUUAGUGACAUUGAUUUUGCUAUGACGUCCCUAACGAGUUGUAGUGAUUGUUUCUUUUCGUUGCAUGGUUCAACUGGAUUUGGAUGGCGUCUUGGUCUCUGCAUCAGGGGCCCAUGUUUCAUGAUGGAAUGAAAGAGUGGAGUUGUUGCAAAAAGAAAAGCCAUGAUUUCAGCUUAUUCUUGGAAAUUCCAGGAUGUAAGACAGGUAAACACACUACCGAGAAGCCAGUUUUGGCAAAGGUGAAUUCAACUCCAAAGGCCCCUGUCUCUAAACCCUCUGUGCCUUCUGCAACAAGUGCACCCUCCAGAGAAGUUUGUCCUAGGUGCAAGCAGGGUUUCUUUUGCUCUGAUCAUGGUUCACAACCUAAAGAAGAUGCUGCACCAGCUAAAAGUACUGCAGAGACUCAAGUUUCCGCUCCUCCAGCUAAGAAGAAAAUCAACAUCAACGAGCCCCAAACUUGCAGAAACUCCGGGUGCGGUCAAACUUUCAAGGAAAUAAACAACCAUGAUACUGCCUGUACCUACCAUCCAGGGCCUGCUGUUUUUCAUGACAGGAUAAGAGGGUGGAAGUGUUGUGAUAUCCACGUGAAGGAGUUCGAUGAAUUCAUGAGCAUUCCUCCAUGCACCAAAGGAUGGCACAAUGCUAAUCCAACUUCUUGAUCUCGAAGAACACCUCAGCAACGACAAGUUAGUGUCUUCAUCUUUCCUUCACCUUCGAUGUCUGCGAUAACAAAAAUCUGCUACUUUGUUCUCGUUUGUCACAUCUCCAACAGACUAUCACUGUCUAUCAUGCGUCGUAGAGUGACUCGAGUGCUUCCAUUCUUGCUGAGCAAUUCAACUUUGUGGCCGAUUGUGUCAACGCUAAUGUAGUCAAUGACAGUUGAUGGAUCUUUUUUCUUCUUCUUCUUCUUCUAUUUCCCUUGGAAAGAAAAUUACAUAGAAGGUUUAGUUGGUCCUUGACUCGCAAGGCUCGCUGGGCAACGGCCCAUUUAUGAUUACCGGGCUGCUGCAACAGCCCAAGGUCUCCUCCACUGGUGUUUUAGACUAGUGGUAAUGCUCAACACUUUAAACAUCUUCGAUUUCGUGAUAGAUAUCUAAUGAAAUUAGAAAAGUGGA